AGUUGCAGAGAGGUGGCGCUGGCGGACGGACGGUGCAGCGCGCGGCUCGCCGGCCGCCCCACAGCAGUGCGCUCUAGUCGAGCAGUGACGGAGUGGUGAAAGGAGACUGAGUGGAUCAGCGAGGCCGCUCCACGGCCAGCCAAGCAGCAAUCACGGGAGGACUAACGCUUAUCAACGCGGCUGAGAUGAGUGCCCCGCUGCCCAAGAAGCGGCUGUACGGCCGAUGUCGGCGCCAGCCCAGUGUGGACGGCAGCGACUCGGAGCUGACCCAGGCCACCGACCUGUCUGCCGGCUCCGAGGGCGAGGGACGCGUCACGCCGCCGUCGCCGCCGUCACCGCGCUCGCCCGUCUCGCCGGUGGCGGCGGCGGUGACCCCGACCCCGGCCGACUUCCGGUACUCGCUGUACCCGACCUCCGUGGCGGCACCGACCGACGUGCUGGCUCACAUGCGCCGGCUGGAGCCUCCGGCCGAGGCCGGCUCGCCGCAGCUCGCCUCGCCGGCGCCCGGAGACUGGGACGACGACUCGCUGGAUGCCAGUGACGAGGAGCCCGUGCCACCCGAGCUGGCCAACCGCGAGCCGCCGCUCACCUGCGGCGUUUGCGGCAAGGAGUUCCCGAUCCCGGCGCGCCUGCUGCGGCACCAGCGCAUCCACACCGGAGAGAAGCCCUUCCGCUGCGAGUACUGCGGCAAGACGUUCUCCGUGAAGGAGAACCUGAACGUGCACCGGCGCAUUCACACCAAGGAGCGACCCUACAAGUGUGAGGUGUGCGGACGGGCGUUCGAGCACUCCGGAAAGCUGAAUCGUCACCUGCGCAUCCACACGGGCGAGCGGCCGCACAAGUGCACCGUUUGCAGCAAGGCGUUCGUGCAGUCUGGCCAGCUCGUCAUCCACAUGCGCGCUCACACAGGAGAGAAACCCUACGGCUGUCAGACGUGUGGCAAGGCCUUCACCUGCAGCAAACAGCUCAAGGUGCACCGGCGCACCCACACCGGUGAAAAACCCUACACCUGCAACAUCUGCGGCAAGAGUUUCGGCUACAACCACGUCCUGAAGACGCACAAGAACUCGCACUACGGCCAGCGGAUGUACAAGUGUACCAUCUGCAGCGCCACGUUUCCGCAACGGAAGGCGCUGGAGCAGCACCUCACCGAGCACAACAACGCCGGCAAGCAGCUGUCGCGGCCCUCGCUGGUCUCCCAGGAGGCGGUGCGCCGCUCGGCGUCCCCACCGGACCCUGUGGACACGCCCCCGGCCAAGCGGCCGGCCACCGCCGCCGCCGCGGCCGGCGCAGCGUUCGCGCUCGGUCCGUCCUACCUGGCGGCGGUGUCGAGCGCGGCGAGCGGUCUCCGUCCGCUGGCCACGCUGCCGCACUGGUACGCCUACAGCACGGCGCCGGCGGCGGCGUACCGCGGGGCCGCGCCGCAGGCCGCGCCCGGCGUGGUGGCGCCGCACCCGCUGCGCUACUGCUGGGUGCCGGCGGCCGGCGGGUACCCGGCGCCCGCGCCGCCGGCGCCGGCACCCCGAGUCCGGCACGGCAGCACCGGCCUGCCGUCGGGCUCAUCCACCGAGAGCCGCGACUCGCCGCCGGCUCCCGGCUCGCCGCCCGUCUCCCGAGUCAGCACCCCGGAGCGCAGUCCCCCGCCGGUGUCGGCGAGUCUGACGCGCGCGCCGCCGCAGCUGACACCGCUGGAGGCGCACCACCCGCACCACCAGCCGCACCACCCGCCGCACCACCAGCCGCACCCGCCGCCGCAGCCCAUCACCGACGCCUUCACCAGCAAGGUGACGUUCAUCCUGACGAACCUGAUCGGCGCAGAGGGUCUGCAGCGGCUCGGCUACCCCGAGUGCGGCAUCGGCGAGGUGCUGGAGCGAGCGCUGCUCUUCUGUUCAGAGAUGCCGUGCACAGACGCCGGCGUCAGUCGUCAGGAGCAGCUCAAGUGCAACAUGCGCACCCUGCUGCUGUGGUGCAUCCCCGACCAGGAGCAGUGGCGCACCUACGGCUGGAAGAACAAGAGUAUCGAGGAGAUUGUUGAUCAGUUUUAUGGCGAGUGCAGCCGAGACGCCGCCGGUAGGCAGGGCGGCGGUCUGAAGCCGGGCGCUCCCGGGCCCCUGGCCACCUCCCUGCACGCCCUGUAGAGGCCGGCGGGGUACCCGGGCGCCGUCUGAGCGUCUGGCCAUAUCUGCCCAGCUCCAUAACGAAGCCAUAGCGCAGCGGUCGGGGCGGACAGGCAGUUUGCCGAUAGAUCUCCUGUGUGAAUGUUGAUGUGUUUCUUUGCACUCUGCGGUGUCUGUCGAUGGGCCAACGAUUGCAGACGGAGAGGAGAGGGGAGGGGGACGUGGGCAGAGUCCCCGGAUGGUAAGGUCAGAGCGGGUUAGCUAGCUGAGUCUGUGAUCGUCCACUGCCCCUAUUGGUUGAGUCUCGCGCUGUGUUGUGUCGGGCCCGGUGCCCGCUGCUGUACAGACAGAGAUAGUCGCUCGGUCUAGGGCCGGUGUUGUGUAUAGAACGCGUUAGCUAGAGCUGGUCUCCUACAGGUCACGUCGUGUUGUGCUGUGCUGUUUGUCGCCGAUAUCGGCGAGACUUUCGGAAUAACGGGUGAGAACUACUGCACGGGUGAGCGACUGUGAGCUUUACCGGGCGCCGGCCGCGGUGGCGCCCCCUGUAGAUGGCGUUGUGAGCGCUGGCGGAGGGCGGGCCGAGGUGGGGAUUGGGGACGGUGCUCCGACUGGUUUGGAGAGGCACUGCCAGCGACUGGAUCGCGAUGUCGACUGUCUGCAGCGCCCCAGUGGCCAGGCUGACUAUUUUGUAACCCUACCUGUCGUGAAUGGUACUGCGAUUGACACGUUAUCUUGCACACUAUAAAUAUAAUGCGUUAUAUGAUGAA